GUAUAAUACGAGGUAAAGGUUUUCGAUUGUAUUGCGGCCUAACUUGUAGAAUUGGCCGAGUCCAUGAAUAAUUUAUCACCUAUGUAUGUGCAUGCUUGUUGUAUUGAGAGGUUACGAUGAGAUCAUUGCCGGAUGAAAGGUCAACGCUUUCCUAAGCCGAGAAAAUCAAAAUCGACUAAAAUGGCUGCUUAAAUUUUCAGGAUUUUAAACAUAUGGAUUAAGGUUUGAAAUGAGCAUUGGCUGAUGCAGAUGCACUUCAAGAAAAAACAAAGGAUGCUACAAUUAACUCUGGUUGUUUCAGCAUUGCUGAUAAAUGUGAUCCAAGCUCACCCACAGAACUCUGUCAUCGCAAAUUGGUUUGCAAAGAAAUCAACUGAUUUUGAAAGAGCAGAGUUGAUAAAAAACAACGAGCAAAUUGCUCUUGGUUGCGAAGAGGAAAAGAUCACUAUAAAAUGCGCAAACAGAUUCACGCACAUGGAGAUAGUGAAAACGUUUUAUGGCCGGGACGAUUCUGUCACUUGUCCUAAUCCAGUUCUUGACACAAAGGCACUCUGCGAAGAGCCAGCCAACGAUGUAGCCAAGAAAGUUUUGGAUCUGUGUCACGGAGAGAAUAAAUGCAAGAUCCCUGUAAAUAUUGACUUUUUGGGACAUGACGGGAAAGAAAUUUGUCCAGGUAUAAGAAAAUUUUUGAGAGUAACAUACAAGUGUACUCAGCAUCCUAAAAUAGUAGAGGAAUGUCCAAAAAAUUGCAGUAAGUCUUGCUGGCCACUGUGCAAAGAAAGUUGUUGCAAUCCACCUCCACCACCACCACCACCACCACCCCCGCCCCCGCCACCUCCACCUCCACCGCCACCACCACCGCCACCAGCUCAGGCUGCACCCUCUCAAUUCCCUUCUCAGCAAGAUGCAUCAACUCAGACUCAAAGCCAGCCAUCAUACAUGCAACCAUCAAGCCUCCAAGACACACGGGUCGCCCCACCACUUGCACAGGCCCCUCCAAAGCAGCUGUACUCAAUGCAGCCGGAUACUUUGAAGGCGCAGCAACAAGCCCAGCAAACAGUCGAGCCACUGCCAGCGUCACAAACAUUUUCUGGUAUUUCCCAAAAGCAGGAAUCGUUCCCAAUGUGUCCCAUACCUUGUAGUGCAAAAUGUGCACCACUUUGUCUGUUAAGUUGCUGCAACCCAAUACCAGAAGAAUUAUUGAAGCCAAAAGCCCCACAGCAACAAGCACCUCUCCCCGCUCUCCCAGCGGCACAGAUACCAAAAGGAUUUGCAUGCCCAGCACCAUGCUCUCAGAAUUGUUUACCAGCAUGUUCUCUCGACUGUUGCCAAAAAAGUGCUACCCAAUAUUCUCCGGACAGGCCGGGUGACUCGAAUACUCAAGGAAACGUCGUGCAAAAUGCCCAGGCCAGAUCUCAGAAUCCAUGGAAUUCUGCCAAUUUAGCUUCAUCAAUUGCAAUGAACGCACCCGCUCCAAGCUUGGCUGCAUACGAAGAGGCUAAGGCUGCCUGGAACUACCGUUCAAAGAUAUGGAAGCAAAGAAUGUACGCUAAUCAAAGGCUGCAACAUCAACAACAACAACAAGAGGCAGCUCGGCGAGCGGCUAUUUCAUCUCCAUGGCAAUCAGGCCCUAUCUAUAACCGUCAAAGGCAGCAAGUAGGCCAACAGUUUACAAAGAACAACAUCCCAACUUACCAAUAUAACAACAAUUACUACGGUUAACACUGAUGGAUUUUCAUGGGAGUGUCCAUUUGAUGGAUUCGCUCAUGAUUCUCAACCUAUCUUUGGUCCAUUCAACUAAGUUGUUGAUAUUUUUAAACGGCUAUCAAACAAUUUUGUAUUCAUGUAAAACAUUCAAGAGAAAACAUUUAUAUACCAGUAUAAAAGUGCAUUGAGCAUUUUGUUUCAAGAACAAAUUUGGACAAUUUACAUUCAACGGUGAGGCACUUUCUGGCAAUUAGAAGAGGUAAUGUAAAUUGAAAAAGAAAAAUCUAUUUUGACCCAGUGAGGACCAUCUUUGGAUAAAUCGUGAAGCAACUUUUUGUAGAAGAAAAAAAAAACUAAAUAUUGAUGCUAACUUCAAGAUAUAAUGCUGUAUGUAGAAAUUAUAGAUAAGAAGAUAUUUUUUCAUAUUAAAGUAAAAAAAAGUGAUAGGAAAACGACGAUAAGAAUUAUUUCAAUGUACCAUAGCGAUUGUAUUUUCGGCAUAGCCACUUUGUAGUUUCUUUGCAUCAAUGUAUGAUAUUUACGACUUUACGAGUAACAAAAGACGCCCGCUUAGGCCUUAGAUUGUUCAAAAGGGAAUGUUCAAGUGCAGUAUCAUUAUGAAGUUGUGGACUGGUCAGCUAAACCCAUCCUGUUUGAAAAUCGGUUGAAGAAAAUUUUAGGGAGGGAAACAUUCCCACUAGGCCCUAAGAUUUCCUCAGAAGUUGGCCAACUAUACCCCUCUUGUAAAUUUUUUUAAUAAUUUAUAUAUUUGAAAUGCAUCUGCUUACACGUUUCACGUCCUGUUCUCUUAUACACGUUUAAAAUUACUUGCUAUUUAUUUGCAGCCCUUCAAGUUAUAGCAAAUAGAUUUUACUCGUUCCCUUAUUCUUGUGUUGCGUCACUGCCAGCAGAAAUUCCUUGAGAACUAGGUUUUACUAAAACCGUUGCUUCUUCCUUUGGUAAUUUACCAAAAGUAUUAUCUUUGCUAUUAACAUUUUGUACAUUUUAUCUGAAAAAGCUCUAUUUUGUCAAAAUGAUGUGUUAUAUUUGCAUUUUUACAA